CCGAGCCGCGCGCCCGCCCCUUGAUAGGCUCUGGGCGUCGCGUCAGCUCUGUGCUCCCUCUCAGUCCGGCUGCUGCGAGGAGGACGCUGCCCAGACCCGUCGACGGUCGUCCACUUCCUUGUCGUCCUUUUAGUCCGCCGCGGCGAACAUGGCCUCAGGAGUGCAAGUUGCUGAUGAAGUAUGUCGCAUUUUUUAUGACAUGAAAGUUCGGAAAUGCUCUACACCAGAAGAAAUCAAGAAAAGAAAGAAGGCUGUCAUUUUUUGUCUUAGUGCAGACAAAAAGUGUAUCGUUGUUGAAGAAGGCAAGGAGAUCUUGGUUGGAGAUGUUGGUGUUACAAUAACCGAUCCUUUCAAGCAUUUUGUGGGAAUGCUUCCUGAAAAAGAUUGUCGUUAUGCUUUAUAUGAUGCGAGUUUUGAAACCAAGGAGUCUAGAAAAGAAGAACUGAUGUUUUUUUUAUGGGCACCAGAACUAGCACCUCUGAAGAGCAAAAUGAUCUAUGCGAGCUCAAAGGAUGCCAUCAAAAAGAAAUUUCAAGGUAUAAAGCAUGAAUAUCAAGCAAAUGGGCCAGAAGACCUCAAUCGGACUUGUAUUGCUGAAAAGCUAGGCGGAUCCCUAAUCGUAGCUUUUGAAGGAUCUCCUGUGUAGCUAGCUCAUCAGUCAGUGCCACAAAUCGAAAGCUUCCAUGUUUAAUGCUCUUCUCUCGCUAUAAGGAAAGCAAAUAUUUUUGUUAAGCUCAGGAUUUUUAAUAAUGCAGUUCACAAGUGUGUAAGGCUAUAUGAAGAGAAUGAAUUGUUAACCUUAGCAGUUGUUUCUUUUGCUUAGAAAAUUAAUCAUAAUUUGUUUAUAAUUUUGGCCCAAAAUUCUGUUCUUCUUGACUUAAACAAAAUAAUGAGAUAUUCUCUUUAUAACAUGUAAUAACACUAAUACACACUAAAACAGCAGUCAGGCAGUCUUUUAAUGCCUCCAAGUGUGUGAUGAGACUGCCUCAGACUUGUGUGCACUUAAGAGUUCACGCUGACCUUGCAAAGCACCAUGCCAAGCACGUUGUUGGAAUGCAGGAAGCAGCCCUGCACCUGCAGUGAGACUCCCGGGCCAGGAGGCUGCUGAGUGACCUUGUGUCUUGGAAAUCAUGGUAUAUCCUCAGGAGAAUGUGCAUUGUCUUGUAACGACUAAUUAUAAUGCAAAUUUGGGCUCCAAUGUAAUCUGCUUUGUUAAUGAAAAUGAUAGUGUAUUGAUAAACCAGGACACUUUUGAGAUCUUUAAUUUUGUUUCCUUCAGAACUGUGCUGCAUCUGGUCAAAUAAAAUAUGGAAGAAUGUUGAGUACAUUUCCUUGGGGGUGUGGGACAGCAUAAAUUCCUAGAGCAGUUUGUAAAUUGGGGGAAAUGGGAGUGGGUACCAUGGAACUUGGAAGAGAUUGGUAACAUCACAGGCAUGACGUGGAAUAAUGCACACACAGUUGAGCUUAGAAGUAGCAUACUGGCUUUAUGGAAUAAAGGAAGCAUUUGUAACUUA